GAUGAUGCUUCAUUACAUCAAUUGACGGACCUGCCAGCCGUGACCUCAAAGUCAUCAAGAGACUAUCUGUUGCCAGAGGGUCCGUCAUGAGGAUGACCAGGACACAGAAAUGUAUCUGGUAAUGUCAUGAAUGUUGUGCAGUUGCUUCCAAGCUAACCAAUAUUGGUGUGAAAACAGGCGCUCGAAAAAAAAAACAUACAGAAAAUAUUGUAUUUUAUCCUGUGUUAGUUCAGAGAGAAAUGCGUAGAGUGAUCAUUGUACAGUUUCCAUCGUGCCUUAAAAUGCAUACUUCCGACGCGAAUGACUAUACAAAUUCUAGUUUAAUAUCCCAUCGACCUGCCCAUGAGAUGCUAACAGAAGACUUUGUCAAGGCUUAAUCGACACCAACGGCAGCGGUGGGCUCGACUCACUAUAGUUGGAUUGUUGUCGAUAUUUUACAAUUUUAACUGGAAAAUUUGAAGGAAAAAAAUCUUAAAAGUCGUUUUGUAUAUGUAAUGUUGCAUUCUAACAGUGUUCUGUUGUAUUCUAACAGUGUACUGUUGCAUUCUAACUGUGUUCUGUUGCAUUCUAACAGUGUUCUGUUGUACUCUAACUGUGUUCUGUUGUAUUCUAACAGUGUUCUGUUGUAUUCUAACUGUGUUCUGUUGCAUUCUAACUGUGUUCUGUUGCAUUCUAACAGUGUUCUGUUGUAUUCUAAUUGUGUUCUGUUGUAUUCUAACUGUGUUCUGUUGUAUUCUAACUGUGCUCUGUUGUAUUCUAAAUGUGUUCUGUUGUAUUUCAUCGACAGCUGCUUAGUGGUUGUACCGCUUUCUGUGGUGAUCCUGGUGCUGUCACAUGCAUUGCAGGAUGGGUUCUCCCCAAAAGGUUAUCAGGAUUACCGCCAUGACAACUCUAUGUCUGAAACUAUUCACCACUGGUCUGGUCAGCAAGGCUACUUUGGACCUAAGACCAACAAGGACAACGUCACCAAAACGUGCUCCCCUGCUCAAAACAUCACCUUCGUAAAGACGCACAAAACCGGAAGUUCAACAGUAGCUAAUAUACUGAUGCGCUAUGGCAUCGUCAACGAUUUGAAUUUUGCUCUUCCGAAUAAAAAAUGGAAUUCACCCGGCUUCAACAUUAUCUCCAGGGCUGGGGAAGUCCUGACGAAGAAAUAUAUUUACCCUCUUCCGGAAGGUGAAGAGUACAACAUCCUCUUCAACCACGCCAUCUACAACAGGACGGCAUUCCGAAUGAUCAUGCCGGAAAACGCGGUCUACAUCACCAUCUUAAGAGAACCGUUCCGGCAGUUUGUCUCAUCGUUCGAAUACUAUCGAAUAGAUCGCGGCAUGGUUCAAGUAGAGCCUUCACUUAUAAACGCUUCAAAUCUAAUAUCAACCUAUCUGGCAAGUCCAAAUCUUUUCUUGGGAAAAACAACAUUGUUUUCUUAUACGAAAAAUAAAGAAGCUGAAGAUUUGGGUUUUGGCAAAGAGCAGUUUUUCAAUUCAGAAAGUUUUCUAAAUUACUUAUCCUCGAUAGAAAAUGAUUUUAAAUUAGUGAUGAUUCUAGAAUACUUCGAUGAAUCUCUUCUGCUGCUGAAGCACGAGCUGUGCUGGACGAUUCGGGACAUCCUCUACAUUCCACUGAACGCCAACAACAAAAAAACGGUGUGGAAUUUUACGGAAGUAGACCACGAAAAUCACCGGAGAUUGAGUCAUUUAGACUACGCCCUGUAUGAACAUUUCCUCAAAGUGUUCACACAGAAAUUAAAAUCUCAAGGUCCCGACUUUUUCCUGGAACUGUCCCAUUUCCAGAUGGUGUUGGCAAACGUUACAGAGAGCUGUGAGGCGGGGGCACGCUUGACGGUAUCCGGGACAGUAUGGAAUAAACCAUUCGUUGUUGACAGCCACGAAUGUGAUCUUCUGCGCAUGUCAGUUAUUUCCGGACUCGAGCUGUUGUAUAAACGAGCCGGGCGAACGGACAAUUCAAGGAACGAGUCGGUCAUUGUAUGAUGAACGGACAUUGUUGCAGGGGGGGGGGGAUAAAAAUAUAAUUACUUUAAU